GGCUCAGGUGGCCGGUGGAGCUGCCCUGGGGUAGCAUCUUCACUGCUGUUGCUGCUACUGCUGCUGCUACUGGGCUGGGAGUCCGCUCUCCAGGCAGGAAGCCCUCUCCGAUUUGAGGGAAGCCAUGAGCCGUUUUCUGAAUGUGUUACGAAGCUGGCUGGUUAUGGUGUCCAUCAUAGCCAUGGGGAACACACUACAGAGCUUCCGAGACCACACCUUUCUCUAUGAAAAGCUCUACACUGGCAAGCCAGACCUGGUGAAUGGCCUCCAAGCUCGGACCUUUGGAAUCUGGACACUGCUGUCAUCAGUGAUUCGCUGCCUCUGUGCCAUUGAUAUCCACAACAAGACGCUCUACCACAUCACGCUCUGGACCUUCCUCCUUGCUCUGGGGCACUUCCUUUCUGAGCUGUUUGUAUACGGGACGGCGGCUCCCACGAUCGGAGUCCUGGCACCCCUGCUGGUGGCAAGUUUCUCAAUCCUGGGUAUGCUCGUUGGGCUCCGGUACCUAGAAGUAGAACCAGUGUCCAGACAGAAGAAGAGAAACUGAGGCCAGUAUCACCACCUCCGAGACUCCGUCUUCCCUCUUGGCUGUCCCUCCAUCAUCCUCUCUGAGCUUUAAUUUUUUCUUUUCUGCUCCAUCACCAGCCCCCUUAUCCACUUCCAGCCCUUUAUGUUGUUUUGGGUUUUUUAAUUACAUUUAAAGAUAUAACGUGCAUACAGAAAAGUAUAUAACACGAGCAAUUUAAAGAAUUCUUUUAGAGUGACACUUCUGUAAAUGCAAACAAAUCAAGAAAUUGCCAGCACCUCAGAAGUGCUCUGUGUGCCCUUCCCCCACCGUGCUCUCCUUGAGGAUCCCUUUCGAGCCUUCUACCUUUUUCCUCCUAUUUCCAUCCCUUGAUUUGAUUUGUGUGGGGAACAUGUGGACUGCGAAACUUACCGCUGCUGCCUCACCCAGAGCAGCUGCCACCAAGGGCUGCUUCGAGGGGUUGUCCGUGCACGCUGGGCUCCUCUCUGCUGCUGGACCCAAGACUCCGAACCAUCUGAGGAACAGGCAGUUCUUCCAAGAAGGGCUGCCCUGUGAGCGAGCGUGGCUUACAUCCUUGUAUCUACAGACGGAUUGUGGUUGGAAGAGUCUGGGCUGUUUUUAGACCUUCUGGUCAGCUAUAUUUGUGUAAUGAAUUUUGUAA